UUAUCUCUGGGCGCCUGUCCGUCUCUCCCGCCCCUCCGCCGCUGCGCUUCCGCUCCGCCCGCCGUCGCCGUGUCGCCUCCGCUCGUUCGCCGUCUUAACUCCCGCCUUCGCCUCCGAAAGCAGCGGCCGUACUUAUGCUUAACGUCGCCCAUCGCACCGGCCACCUCACAGCAGCCGAGCCGAGCUGAGCGACCCCCUCCAGAGUUUGCAAUACUCGAGUAUGAAUGGAAAAAGGAAUUCGGUUUUGCCCUGCAGAAACCAAGGCCCUCGCGAGCGCCGAAUUCUCCUGGCAAUGGAAGGGAAAAACUGGAUGAAUUGAAGCAAAGGGCGUUUCCAGCAUGAGUGAGGGCGGACAAUGAGAGCGGCAUUGUUGAACGGCAACAGUUCAAGUCUUUUUCUUAGAAGCAUCGUCGGUGGUGGCAAUUCUCUCGCUUUUGGAAGCCUUUGGAGUCCCCUUAAGGCGCGAAACCCAACUAAAGGAGCAGGGUUCUUGAGUUGCAAAUUGAUGUCGAUGAAUUCGCCGGCAGUGCGAGUGAAGGAAAAGAUCGAUCUGACAGAGAAGGAGAAGAUGAUCUUUGAUAGGCUUCUCGCCACCAUUCGCCAUUUUGAUCUCUCGACCGAGCUGCGCGUCGCCGGUGGCUGGGUCCGUGAUAAGCUUCUGGGGAAAGAGUGUUAUGACAUCGAUAUUGCAAUUGAUGACAUGUUGGGCAGUACAUUCGUUGAUAAGGUUACCCGAUAUCUGGCAUCAACAGGGGAAGAGGCACAAGGUCUGGCUGUUAUCCCGAGCAACCCAGACCAGUCGAAACAUCUGGAAACAGCGAGGAUGCGCCUCUAUGAUAUAUGGAUUGAUUUUGUUAACUUAAGGUCUGAAAAGUACAGUGAGAAUAGCCGCAUUCCCACCCAGAUGGAAUUUGGAACUGCAGAAGAGGAUGCUUAUAGAAGGGAUUUAACUAUAAACAGCUUGUUUUACAAUAUCAACACCAGCUCAGUUGAAGAUUUAACUGGGAGAGGGAUUGAUGAUCUUAAAUCAGGAAAAAUUGUGACACCUCUAGCCCCAAAGGAAACGUUUCUGGAUGAUCCUCUGCGAGUUCUUCGUGCAGUUCGCUUUGGCGCAAGGUUCAGAUUUACGUUGGAUGAAGAGCUGAAGCGAGCUGCCGCAUCCAAUGAUGUCAAAGAUGCACUUGGAGCUAAAAUCAGUAGAGAGCGCAUUGGAACAGAAGUUGAUCUGAUGAUAUCGGGCAAUGAGCCAAUUAAAGCUAUUGCUUACAUCAAUGAGUUGCAAUUGUUUUGGGUUGUCUUCAGUCUACCUCAUGAACAUGAACAUGAACCGACAUUGCCAGAAGAUUGCGAUAGGCUCUGCUUGGCUUAUAUGGAUGCUGCAUGGAGCCUUCUGCAGCUACUUGGAUCGUUGUCUCUUACUGACGAACAAAGAAGGUUGUCCUUGUAUGCAGCUCUCUUUUGCCCUUUCAGAACCAUCACAUACAGAGAUAGCAAAGGCAAGAAGAUUCCAAUUGUCAACUAUGUUUUUCGAAACUCUCUCAAGCGAAAGGCUAGCGAUGCUGACAGAGUCGUUGGUGUACACUCUGCUGUGGCGAGACUGCUUGGCUUGAUUCCUUUUCUUGAAUCAAAUGUUGACGGAGAGCUCAAUGAAGAUGAUCUGGGUAGUGAACUUGUUGAUAUCCCUGCUUCGUCAAAGCUGCGGGUAGUAACAGGAUUUCUCCUGCGAGAAGUCAAGGAUUUCUGGCGAGUAGCCUUAUUGAUUGCUGUGCUGACUUAUCCCUCUCCUAUUGACUGCUCUGAAGAUGGCAUGUUCAAGCACUACGAAUUAGACAAGAGAAAAGAGUUGUUCCAGGCAGUUGAGAAUGCUAUUGUCAAAUUAGGCCUGGAUAAAAUAUGGGAAGAGAAGCCUCUAGUCACAGGAAAGGAUAUUAUGAGUGUUCUGCAGCUCAAAUCUGGAGGUCCAUUGGUUAAGGAAUGGCAACAAAAGCUACUCGCGUGGCAGCUGGCAAACCCGGCUGGAACUGCGGAUGAGUGCCUUGGAUGGAUGAGGCAAACUCAUUUGAAGCGAAUAAAAAUGGAGUAAAUUAAUGGAAAGGUCUCAGCAAGUUAUGGCAUUUUUUUGUAGUUCAAACAUGUUUCGCAAGGUCUGGAGCGCACCUACGGUUUGUCCAGAAAUUUUUGGAAACUUUACAGCAUACGGCAUCAGAAGACUAGUUUCAAAAUUACAUUGACGUCUGGCCAGUUUAGGAUGUAAAUUCAAAAGCUGUUGGUGGUAUAUAGAAAUUUCGACGACGAAUAUCCUCUUUUACAUGAUAGAUAGGAUGCAUCUCUUAUGGAAGUUAAAUUUAUGGUUAGAUAUUUCGUCGUGUUUGAAUUAUGUUAUCGUGUCAGUAUGAGAAAUUGCUACCA